GUCAAACAGAAGCGUCGCGUACGAGUGUUAACCCCAAGCGGUGAUGAGUGUGUGGAUGUUCCCCAUUACAGAGUUAUGAGCUGUAUUAUUUGUGUAUACGGGCACAGAGUUUGUAUCUCGAGUAGUAUUUGGUGCUGUAGUACUUAUAAAUUUGUUGCGUCCUGAAGCGGUGUACUUCCGCUGGAUUCACAAUGGAGCAUAACAGAGAAGAGGAACUUUUUAUAAAUAAAAGGUUUGUGACCGAAUCAGAACUAGAAGAAAGGCGCAAGAGAAGGCAGGAAGAAUGGGAAAAAGUCCGUAAACCAGAUGACCCCGAAGAAUGCCCAGAAGAAGUGUAUGACCCUCGUUCACUGUAUGAACGGUUACAAGAACAAAAAGAAAAGAAACAGCAAGAAUAUGAGGAGCAAUUCAAAUUUAAAAAUAUGAUAAGGGGACUAGAUAAAGAUGAGACCGACUUUCUAGAUGAUGUUGCCAAGAAGCAAGCGCUCCUAGAGGAACAGCGCAUAAAAGAGGAAAUGGAAGAAUUGAAGGAGUACAGAAGCGCCCAAGCAAUAAUAGCAGAAGAAACAGAAGUAAAGAAAGAAACGGAAAAGAAGCCCAUCUGGAAAACUGAUGACAACAAGAACCGACCUUCUCAGGCUCAGUUGCUGGCAGGAGCUGUCAAACGUAAAAGGUAG